CGAGAUGUCAAAAUUUACAGCAUGGAACAUUAUGAAGAUAAAUUUCUCUAUACGUGACGCUUGUCAGCUGGCAAUAGAUACAAGACUUUGUCACAGUUUAAGUGCAUUCUCCACGAAUUUGAGUUUGUGACUGUGUGGUGGCAAGGUUAGAAAAUGGAGGACGGUCAGAUUUUUACAGAGUGUCAUGCAAAGUCAAUUUUGACAACCAUGAAUACUCUACGUAAAACUGACACCUUGUGCGACGUUACACUUAAGGUUGCAGGGCAGGAGUUUGCUGCCCACAGGAUCGUGUUGGCUGCUUGUAGUGACUAUUUCUGCGCAAUGUUUACCAAUGAGAUGUCAGAGAAGGACAAGUAUAUGAUAGAACUGCAUGGAAUCUCAGGAGAUGUCAUGGAAGUCCUGUUAGACUUUGUGUACACAGAGUCUGUCAAUGUCAGUGUGGAGAAUGUGCAAGAACUGCUUCCAGCAGCAUGUCUCCUCCAACUUACAGGAGUGAAACAGGCAUGUUGUGCAUUUUUGGAGAAGCAGCUUCACCCGUCCAACUGCUUGGGUAUCAAACUGUUUGCUGAAAGCCAUUCAUGCUAUUCCCUGAAGAGUGCAGCUGAGGUGUUUAGUUAUCGCAAUUUUGAAGAAGUGAUAGACAAUGAAGAGUUCAAAACCUUGUCACACGAUGAAGUGGAGACCUUAAUAAAAAGUGAUGAAAUACAGAUAGCUUGUGAAGAACCAAUUUAUGAAGCAGUUCUAAACUGGGUGAAGUGGGAUGAGGAGGGGAGAAGGGAUUAUCUCCCUUGCUUAUUGGAGCAUGUCAGACUGCCCUUGUUAAGUGUGAGAUACAUCACUGAUGUUGUUGAUAAUGAGCAAUUAAUGAAAAGAAGUCAUUUGUGUAGAGAUCUGCUGGAUGAAGCCAAAAAAUUCCAUCUUCGACCAGAUCUGCGAAACCAGAUGACUGGCAUCCGCAUGAAACCAAGGACAGGCAUUGAUGAUGUCCUGAUUGUUUUGGGAGGAUUUGGUUCCCACCAAAACCUAAUUGACGGGGUGGAAGUGUAUGACCCAAAGGCCAAAGAGUGGACCAGGCUACCUAAUUUAUCAAGAAGACGCAGAUAUGUGGCUUCUGAAGCUCUUAAUGGUAGGGUGUAUGUGAUUGGUGGAUAUGAUGGCCAAUCCAGAUUGAGUACAGUGGAGUGUUUGGACCUGACUAGUGAUGAACCAGUCUGGAUGACAGUGUCCUCCAUGCAGCAAAGAAGGGGACUAGCUGGCGUCUGUGUAUAUAAAGACAGUAUUUAUGUUUGUGGUGGAUUUGAUGGCUUCACUCGACACACCAGCAUGGAAAGCUACAGCCCUGCCCUCGACCAAUGGAGCAUGCUCAGUGGGAUGGCUGUGGGGAGAGAAGGAGCAGGGCUUGUUGUUGCUGGCGACAUGAUUUAUUGUAUAGGUGGUUAUGAUGGUAUCAACCUCCUUGAUUCUGUGGAGAAAUAUGAUCCCAGUUGUCAGCUCUGGUCCAGUGUUACCCCGAUGUGUACCCAGCGGUCAGGUGCUGGGAUUGCUGUGGUGAAUGACAUGAUAUAUGUCUGUGGUGGGUAUGAUGGCGCUAACCACCUGUCGAGCGUGGAGUCGUACAACAUACACACGGGCCAGUGGCUGUCUGUCAGUCACAUGAUCAUCCCACGUUGUUAUGUAGGUGCAUGUGUCCUCCGUGGAAAACUCAUGGUUGUGGCAGGAUAUGAUGGGAACACGUUGUUGAACUCGGUGGAGUGUUACGACCCUCUGACUGAUACCUGGGAGCUCCUUGAACGCAGUUUGAUGGUGCAGCGGUGUGAUGCUGGUGUUGCAGUUGUAAGGAAGAGCUGACAUACGGCCCCCUCCCUCCAUGACGCAGACUUGGAUUGUGGUUUACUCUUAUCAGAGAGAUUAAUCCUAAAAGGAGACAGAGGGGACUAUGGGGCUGUAUGAGUCCAUGGACAUGAUAAUACUAGAUACCCAUGUAUUUGAGCUAAAAAGGCAUUGUUGUGUUAUUGAAAGCUGGAAUCUCCGGAAUACACCACUUAUGAUCUGUGAGACUGGCAUGAAAGAAAUUCCUGCUUAGAAUUAUGCCAAAAGAAUGUACUUUAUUUAUUCUUUUGCUUGGAAAUUUCAAGUCGUCAGAAUUUACAAUUAAACGUAUCUUUCUCAAUACUAACUUGUAUUUUUGUAAAAUUUGCUUCCAGAGAUAUGUAAUUGUAUGAUCUGUUCACUGUUAUGGGGUAAAUUUUUUUAUACUGAUGUCUUUCAAAUUGUGUAAUUUUAUGUAUUAUUCUGGGUGUAGUUGAAAUGGAGUGGCUCAUUUUCAUUCAAUAUUUGAUGAUAAUAUCUUAUGAAUUGUCCAGGAUUAUGAAUGAUGGUUUUAGAGUAGGAAUAUGGGAUUUGGAGCAGUUUGAGUUGCAAAUCCUAUUCAUUAAUUUAUGAAGUGUAAAACAUGAAAUGGUAUGGAAUGAUUGGACAGAGUUGUUAAAUUCAUUUCCUAAUGUUGUUAUGAAAUAUGUCACAAAUAGCCAACUAAUCCAGUGGAACAAUUAACAGAAGUCGGUUGUUGUGACAUUUAAGUGUGUUUCAGUAGCAGAAUCAUGUAAUUUGAUUCAGUCAAAACUGUAAACCAAAGAAUGAUAAUGUUUUCAACUGCUAAUAUUCCUACCAGGUUCCUAUAUGCAUGACGAUGAACUACUUGUAAUAACUGUGUUAUCAGUGGUGCUACAUAGCAUGAAUGACACAUGACAGAGAUUGUUUAUUGUCGAUCAAAAUACCUACUUAAGCUGAAUAUGUCUGAAACAUUUUGUGUAUGAACAGACAUUGUCUAAAAGCUUCCAAAACCAAGCGAAAAAGGAAAAGAAAGAAGAAGGUCCAUUCAAGUUACCUUUUCGUGUUCAAGGUUGGCGCCAAUGUGCUCAUUGUGCAGUGAAGUAGGGGAGGUAACCCAGUACCCUAGAUUUCAACCUGACUAUUGCCAUCCAUGAUAUUGUCAAGCCUGUUGUCAGUAUUUGUCAGCUAGAUCAAAUGAACAGAUUACAUUACUUGUAGUUAUCAAAGUUACACCUGCAAAAAGGCAAAAAAUAUUCAGUAACUGAAUAAAAAUGCAUUUUCUCUGUAGAACAA